UACCAUUCCCAAACUUCCCCCAAGGCCUUUGGCAAUGGCCCUUCUUCGGGUUCUCUGCUAAAUCCUCCCCCCACAUAUUCAGUGAAUUCAACAAUGGAUGACCGAGGCUGCGGCAGCAAGGUGACUGGGAUCCGGCAGAUUGUUAGACUAAAGGAAAUCAUUCAAAAAUGGCAAGCUGCCACAUUAGGCUCAAGGCCAAGUACUCACCGCUCUGGAGACUGUCCUGGGAGUGUCCCAAGACCCUUAAACAAAAGGCUAACAAACGUUAUGUAUUGUGAUUCUGACGAUGAAAGUUGUGCCAGUCCCGAACCACCACCCGAUGUCCCGAAGGGAUUUUUGGCGGUUUACGUCGGUGUGGAGCUUCGGAGGUUUAUCAUCCCAACGGGCUACCUUACACAUCCCGUCUUUAAGAUUUUGCUACAAAAAGCCGAGGAGGAAUUCGGGUACGAUCACAACGGGGGACUCACACUCCCUUGCGAGAUAGAGACCUUCAAGUACCUGUUCAAGUGCAUAGAGAAUCAUCCAAAGGGCUACCUUGUUGAGAGCUCGGUCUCCGAACAGCUGGAGAUUCAUUAAGUAAUUGUAGUGGUGGAGAAAUUUUGGGGUCAAAACAAGGUGUGUCUAUAUAUGCAGAUUUGGUUUUUCUAAUGUGUUUUUUGCUUUUUCCAUUGAUUUGGGGGGGAAAUUUAGUUAG